UGAAACAUUUAAACGUUCGUCGAGCGUCCAUUGCGACUGAUCAUAUCCACCGUUCCGAAAGAUUUGUGAUAACCACUUGAUAACCAACCAGCCAGUCUAGUGUCUAAUAAAGUUGUUAUUGAAUUUGCCCAUUUACAAGAUCCAUAAACAAGCUGUCAAGUGUGUUUUUUAGAUUAAGCCACUGGUCUUUUGUUCUGCCAAGUUCGUUGAACUGAAAAAUAGAGAUUAGUUCUUCCGAUACAUUGUAUAACAUCGCCCUGAGUGCAGUGGAAUCCAGGUGGCAGACGCAAUAUACAUAUUUAAUUAUCUCGCAGCCCGCUGACGUAGAAAUGUAACUAAUAAUCAAUUUUCAACGGAUCAUCCUCCACCCCUCUUAGUAAUCUUUCAAUCAUGGGUUUGACGCGCGUGCUGGUGAAGGAUGGCGGUUUCGGCACCCAGAUGACCGUCCAUGUGGGUGACUCUGUGGAUGGGGAUCCGCUAUGGAGUGCCCGCUUCAAUGCCACCAAUCCGGCGGCCAUUAUCAGCACCCACCUGGACUUUUUGCAGAAUGGUGCCGAUAUCAUUUUGACCAACACCUACCAGUCCAGUGUCGAUGGUUACAUGGAGUACCUGGAGCUGGACGAGGAGCAGAGCAUCGAGCUGAUAAAGAACACGGUCCGCCUGGCCCACAUCGCCAAGGAACGCUAUCUCACCGAGUGCUAUCAGGCGCAGCUGUCGGUGCAGGAGGGAUACCCUUUGAUCAUUGCCUCCAUUGGACCCUUUGGGGCCCACCUGCACGAUGGCUCCGAGUACACCGGUAGCUAUGCCGACUUUGUGCCGGCCAAGGAGAUUACGGACUGGCAUCGCGUGAGGAUCGAAGCGUGCUUGGAGGCUGGUGUGGAUGCGCUGGCCAUCGAGACGAUUCCCUGUCAAAUGGAGGCGGAGGCCCUGGUGGAGAUGCUGUGCGAUGAUUAUCCGGAUGUGAAGUUCUGGGUGGCCUUCCAGUGCAAGGAUGAGAAUACCCUGGCGCAUGGAGAAACCUUUGCGGACGCGGCGAAUGCUAUUUGGGACCUCUUGGCUGAACGAAAUGCCCAGGAUAAGUGCCUGGCCAUCGGAGUAAAUUGUGUGCAUCCGAAGUUUGUGACCCCGCUCUUUAAGAGUUUGAAUGGUGACCGCGAAGUGGGUGAGCAGAUACCGUUGGUGGUGUACCCCAAUAGCGGAGAGGUAUACGACGUGGUCAACGGCUGGCAGGGAAGGGAGCACUGUGUGCCCUUGGCGAACUACGUUCCGGAGUGGGCGCAACUGGGGGCCAAGGUCAUUGGGGGAUGCUGUCGCACUUAUGCGAGGGAUAUACGCCACAUCGGGGAGGCCAUUCGCGACUGGAACAAACUGAAGAAGCUCUCAUAGGGAUGAACUUCUAAGCUGGGGAUCUCAGUACCUUCGAAAAGAACAAAGUAGUUAUCCAUUUAGUACUGUAAAUAAAUGUAUUUAGUUAUUAAGGCAUACAACUUAUUUUAAUAAAACAGAAAAGACAAAAGAC